UCCGCCGUCAAAGCGGCAACAAUGAAAUACUGUACUUCCACAGUGUUCCUUCUAAAUCUAGACAUGGUCGGCCGUUGUUGUCGUCAGUAGCUAAGUGACUACAUGUAAAAGGAGGCGUGUCAUCCCAAAUUCGGAUAAAAAAUGUCAGUGGUGACCGUCCAGUUGGGUCAGUGCGGCAACCAGGUGGGUCUGGAGUUAUUUGACACCCUCUACAAUGACGCUCAGGCAGGCCAAAGGAAAACAUACGCUACUGCCAGCUGUGGACGCUUCUUCCACCAAACUGAACAUGGAGAACAUGUUGCCAGGGCAGUGCUGAUUGACAUGGAGCCAAAAGUCAUCAAGCAGAAUUUCAGCAAGACAGCCAAAUCUGGCAAGUGGAAGUAUGACAAUGCAUCAGGCUUCAACCAGAGGCAGGGGACUGGGAACAAUUGGGCGAACGGGUUUUGUAUCCAGGGCCCUCGUCACAGAGAAGCGGUGGAAGACAUCUUGCGGCGGGAGGUGGAACGCUGCGACCGACUGCAUGGCUUCUUAGCUUUGAUGAGUGUGGCGGGUGGGACGGGCUCUGGUGUGGGCACCCAUGUCACUCAGUGUCUGCGGGACGUCUACCCCAAAUCCUUCAUUGUCAACCACCUAAUCUGGCCAUACAGGACUGGUGAGGUGAUUGUGCAGAACUACAACUCGGUACUGACACUGGGUCACCUCUACCAACUGUCGGAUGGCCUCCUGGUGCACGAGAAUGACACGGCGCACAGGAUUUGCAGUCAGCUGCUCCAUAUCAAAGACAUCUCCAUUGCUGAUAUCAACAAGGUGAUCGCUCAUCAGCUGGGAACCGUCCUUCAGCCUGCGCUCACCGCUGACUCCAACGGAGUCUACAGCACGAAUCCUCUGGGUGAAUUUGUGAGCGCCCUUGCAUGCCACCCUGAGUACAAGCUGCUCAGCAUGAGCACCAUACCUCAAAUGACAAGUUCCUCCAUUGCAUUCACCGAUUUCCGAUGGCCAGCACUGAUCAAACACUUGCGCCAGAUGCUCAUCUCCAACUCCAAGAUGGAGGAAGGUAUAGACUGGCAGCUGCGUCCAUUGGCUGUCUCCGAGAGGACGAGGAGUCUGACUGGAUCCAACGUCAACACUUCCUUGGCCAAUCUGCUCAUACUGAGAGGCAAAGACGUGUUCAGUGCAGAGACAGGUAUCUUCGACGAUGCAGCCCUUUACAGCUCAUGGCUCUCACCUAAAGAUGCUUUCAAAAUUUGGAAAUGCCCUGUCUCGUUUAAUAAGUAUGAAAAAACGGCGACGUUGGUCAGCAACAGUCAAGCUUUGAUCGAACCAUUGGACAACAUGGUGAGAAAAGCUUGGAGUAUGUUUGCUGCAAGGGCCUACAUCCAUCAGUAUACAAAGUUUGGGAUUUCCGAAGAGGAUUUCCUUGAAAGCUUUACUUUUACAGAGCAAAUAAUUUCCAGCUACAGUCAACUGGGCUGUAAUGUAUAAAACAGAAUGGCAGACUGUCUUUUACCUUGAGGACUCCAGAAACACACAAUACAUGCAAUGCUGCAAACAUUGUACAUGACUAAUUCCAUGACUAAUAAAUGUAUUUUUGUUGCUCAAA